AGUUUGGUGUCUGUAAGUCAAACGGUUCCCGAGAUACGAACCUUUAACCUAUUUUCCAGAGGCCUAAAUUUAGGCCUGAAAAAGUCUUUUCGGGCGCCGUCAGGGCUAGCAACGUCGUAGGUUCACGAGAUUCGGACCACUGAGUCAGACCGAAGGUCCGAUUCAGGGUCCGAAUUUCGUGUCUCUAGGUCAAACCGUUCCCGAGAUACGGCCCCGAACUCUUUUGGCCUGGAUUCAAAAUGUAGGAGGGGCCUGUCAGGGGAGGGGCUACGCCCACGAAACUUGGCACACCACAAGGGGGCGCUGGAGUGCUCACUAUAUCCAAAGAUGGUGACCCUAGGACUUAAGGGUCAGGAGUUAUGGGCUCUUAACUUUGGUGAACUUACAUGACACAUCGGUGAUCUUUUAUCCUAACCAAUCCCCAACCAAUAAAGUAACUUCAGUCGAGUCACGUGUCAUUUUGUUCGUCUAAUCGACCUGCACUACCUACUGAAUGUUUGGUGAACGUAUCACUUACGGUUGUGCCAAAAGUCACCAAAAAACACUUUUGUGAACCGUGACUCUUUGGUGAACGUAAUUCCUAACUCCCUACAACAACACUUAAAUACGUCGGGAAAGGUGCCAUUUUGUUUGUGUCGUCACGCUGCUCCACCUACUGGACAUGUGGAGGACAUAUCCCUUAGGGGUGUGGCAAAAUUAGAAAGAAUUUCUCAAAAACGUCAUGUUUUACCAGAUCAUUAUGGGUCCACCUUAAGUGUUUUUCCCUUCAUGCAAUUCAUCCUUCACCGCAUCAUGACCCAGGAAGUGCCCGUAAAGGUCAGUCAGUAUAGUGAGAGAGGAGAGACUGGCAGUAAGUAUGUUUACCUCCUUGUUAUGUUUAUUAAACAAUGUUUAACCAAUGUUGUCAGUGACCAUUUACACUUAUAAGUGUAAAAUGAACAUAUAUAUAUAUAUACAUCAACACACACCUAUAAGCCUAAUAUAAACAUGUAAACAAAUGUUUUUAAUGUUUGUUUAGAGAUGCAAAGACAACAACUAUGUCCAAUUUGUCAUAACACGUAUGGCAACCUGCCAAGGCAUUUGACCAAUACGGAGGAGAAGAUGCUGCUCCUGCAGCUGUCCAGUGGGCGUGUCAAUGGUACAUUCAUGUGCCAGGAGGUGGGAUGUGGCACACUUGUCAAACGCAUCGAUAGGCACUACAUGGAUUGCCAUGGUGAAAUGGAGGAAAGCGAUAUGGCAUACGCGGUCGCCAAGACCAAAAAAAAUUUUGUGCUUUCCAAACUGGCUGAUUUGAGGGCUACGCACCCAGAGGUGCCUAUGAUGUCCGUUCUGGACGUGGGGUUCAAGCCGGUACCAGUUGUGACGCCUGAGGCCCCGGCUGAGGCUGAGGCUGUCGAACUGUGUGUUGCAGAGGAGAGAGGUUCCGAGGUUGUCUGCAACAACCCCAAUUGUGUUGAGGCUCACAGGAGGAAGGAUGAAGAAAUUAAAGUCCUCAAAGCGCGAUUGGGCCUAGCAGGGCAGGAUUGCCCUAGGAGUGAUUGUAAGGUCAAGGAAAGGGAGCUGGGGAGGCUGGUCCGUCUAUAUCAGAUGAGCCCUCAGAAGCGCACAAGAAAAAAAUUCUCCCACGAGGACUCGUUCUCAGAGGAGCACAACCCCAAAUAUGGAAACAUCCUUCCACGGAAAAUGAGCUCCCAGUUCAGGGAGAAGGUCGAGGAAGUUCUCCCGAAGAAACUUGGUGGAAAGCCACAAAUCGGCAGCGACUUAUGGGCACGCCCAACUGUGCCUUUCUGA